AAGAGACCCUGGGCAAAGAUAUAAGUUAAGGCAAUGCGUCUCCCUGGGAAGAUGUUGUGGUCAAAGUAUAUAUCUGCGAUCCACACUCACAAUGUCCAGUUUAACCCAGACUAUCAACGCUCCUAACGGAGUGAGCUACCAACAACCCACCGGUCUCUUCAUCAACAACGAAUGGGUCCCUUCAUCAACAGGCCAAAAGCUCCCGUCCAUUAACCCCGCCACAGAAGAAGAAAUCACCUCAGUCCACGCCGCCACAGCGCAAGAUGUCGACAAAGCGGUUCGCGCAGCCCGCGCUGCAUUCGAGGGAGACGAGUGGCAAAGCGUGGUUGGCACAGCCCGUGGCAAGCUGAUGCUCAAGGUAGCCGACCUGGUCGAGAGCCAGCAACACGUCCUAGCCACGAUCGAAGCUCUGGACAACGGCAAGCCGUACUCUCAGGCGCUGGGCGAUAUCGAAGAGGUCUUCUCUGUUUUCCGGUAUUACGGCGGCUGGGCGGACAAGACCUAUGGGCAGACUAUUGAGACUGGUCGGCAUAAGUUUACGUAUACUGUGCGGGAACCUAUUGGGGUUUGUGGGCAGAUUAUCCCAUGGAACUACCCCCUGGGAAUGGCAGCUUGGAAAUUAGGCCCUGCCCUGGCUUGCGGUAAUACGGUGGUUAUCAAAGCCGCCGAGCAGACCCCUCUGUCUAUUCUUUAUUUUGCAAACAUCCUCGUCGAAGCAGGAUUUCCACCCGGCGUUGUCAACAUCAUCAACGGAUAUGGCUCGGAAGCUGGAUCAGCCCUGGUCCAGCAUCCCGAAGUUGACAAGGUGGCAUUCACGGGCAGCACACCAACCGGCAAACAGAUCAUGCGGCUGGCCAGUGAUACCAUGAAAAAUAUCACACUCGAGACGGGAGGGAAAAGCCCUCUUGUCAUCUUCGACGACGCCCAGAUCCCCAACGCAGUGAAGUGGGCGCACUACGGCGUGAUGGGCAACAUGGGGCAGAUCUGCACGGCGACAUCGAGAAUCUUCGUCCACGAGAAGAUCUUCGACGCCUUCGCUCGAGCCUUCAAACAGUACGUCGCAAAGACGCAAGUCAUCGGGUGUCCAUUCGACGAGAAAACAUACCAAGGGCCCCAAGUAUCCAAGGCCCAGUUCGAAAAGAUCCUCGAAUACGGCCGCAUCGCCGAGCAAGAAGGCGCGACGAUCCUGGCCGGGGGCAAGAUCGCUGAGUCCCGCCCCAACGACAAAGGCUUCUUCGUCGAACCAACAAUCAUCAGCGACGCGCAGCCCCAUAUGAGGGUUUACAAGGAAGAAAUCUUCGGCCCAUUCGCCGUCCUCGUCAAAUUCUCCACCGAGACAGAAGCAAUCCGGCUGGCGAAUGGGACGGAGUAUGGUCUUGCCGCUGCUGUGUGCACGAGUGAUAUCACGCGCGCUCACCGCGUGGCUAAUAAGUUGAAGGCCGGCAUGGUCUGGAUUAAUUCUAGCAAUAAUAGUGAUUUCAGGGUGCCGUUUGGGGGAGUCAAGCAGAGUGGGAUUGGAAGGGAAUUGGGACAGGCGGGACUGGAGGCGUAUUCGCAGCUCAAGUCGGUUCAUCUGAAUUUGCAGUUGACGGAGCAGAUUUAG